CACCAACUGGACUGGCUAUCUCGGGAGCUAUGGCCAGGGCGACGCGACAAGGAAUCCAAUCGGCGACGCGCCUGUUGCCACAUUCCAUGGGAUCUGACGAAGACAGGGGGAGCCAGCUUCGUGCUUGUUGUCCGCCCACGGGCCCAUUCCCCGCGCGCUUGUUUCAGUCUGGCGAUACAGGCUCGACGGGUGACAGGAUACUGCUGGCGCGGCUGGGCCCGGACGACAAAAUAGUUCAGACGUGGUUGUGGGCCUUUGGCAGCGUGGAAAGAACACUCGCUGUUGAUGCAAUUGGAUGCCCAGCCGAGAUCAACGGCUUUGCCGUCUUGGUACCUUCUCUAUGAUUCCGAGGAAAUGGAGACUGUCAGGCCCUGUAAGCACUGCGACGUUGCACAUCCGCGUUUCUGGAUGUGACCAGCCAAUAUCAUAUGGAUUCGAUGCUCGAGGCUCCCGCUUCUGAUCCGGGUCACCGCUCGGCAAAGGCCGUUGUAGCCACAUGGGUAAGUGGUGGCAUGAUGCUCCAGGAUAUCCACCCUUGCCCCCAAAGGUCGAAUCCUCAGGUCCAGAUUUACCUAGGACCGGAAGGUUUCAUACCGUCUCUCGUCCCUGACGGCGGACGGAGUCACUCUGUGUCUCAGAUGCACCGACGAAGCCCUAUGGCAGGGGUUCGAUGGGCCUCGGACACGGGCAUGUGCUUCAGCUCCACCAGGCCAGCUUCCCCUUCCAAACUGGCAAUGAGUCGUGAAGUACAGUCUUUGUGCACGACCUACCCCAGACAGCCUUCUCUUCACAGGACCUCCCCAAAGCAGACAAUCGUUUGAUCCUCCGCCCCGUGGCUGGGGUAGACGGCACACCUCC